CGCCCAAGCGAUCCUGGGAUAGUGAUGGAGACGCCCGGCACGUCAACCCGGGCUCUCUUGGUCCCUGCCGCGUCCGGACCCGGUAGGAAGCGCGCGGCAGGAGAGGUACGGGCUGCGACAAGCAAGCAGCGGGUCCUGGACGAAGAAGAGUACAUCGAGGGGCUCCAGACAGUCAUCCAGAGGGACUUCUUUCCUGAUGUGGAGAAGCUGCAGGCUCAGAAGGAGUACCUGGAGGCUGAGGAGAAUGGAGACCUGGAACGGAUGCGUCAGAUCGCCAUCAAGUUUGGCUCUGCCCUGGGAAAGAUGUCCCGAGAGCCCCCACCGCCCUAUGUGACUCCAGCCACAUUUGAAACCCCUGAUGUGCACACAGGUACUGGAGUGGUGGGCAACAAGGCCCGGGGCCGGGGCCGAGGCCUGGAGGAGGGUGAUGGAGAGGCCGGAGAGGAGGAAGAGAAGGAGCCUCUGCCCAGCCUGGAUGUCUUCCUGAGCCGGUACACAAGUGAGGACAAUGCCUCCUUCCAGGAGAUCAUGGAGGUGGCCAAGGAGAAGAGCCGGGCACGGCACACAUGGCUCUACCAGGCCGAGGAGGAGUUUGAGAAGAGGCAGAAAGAUAACCUUGCACUUCCGUCGGCAGAGCACCAAGCCAUUGAGAGCAGCCAGGCCGGCGUGGAGACCUGGAAGUACAAGGCGAAAAACUCCCUCAUGUACUACCCUGAGGGUGUGCCUGAUGAAGAACAGUUGUUUAAGAAGCCGAGGCAGGUGGUGCAUAAGAACACUCGCUUCCUCAGGGAUCCCUUUAGCCAGGCCCUGAGCAGGUCCCAGCUGCAGCAGGCUGCCGCCCUCAAUGCCCAGCACAAACAGGGCAAGGUAGGCCCUGAUGGCAAGGAGCUGAUCCCUCAGGAUUCCCCACGAGUGGGCGGAUUCGGAUUUGUUGCAACCCCCUCUCCUGCCCCUGGUGUGAACGAGUCGCCGCUGAUGACCUGGGGGGAGGUUGAAAAUACUCCCUUGAGAGUUGAGGGAUCUGAAACCCCCUAUGUGGACAGGACACCAGGGCCAGCCUUCAAGAUCCUGGAGCCCGGCCGCAGGGAACGGCUGGGGCUGAAGAUGGCCAACGAGGCCGCUGCCAAGAACCGGGCCAAGAAGCAGGAGGCCUUGAGGAGAGUGACAGAGAACUUGGCCAGCCUCACCCCCAAAGGUCUGAGCCCAGCCAUGUCCCCAGCCCUGCAGCGCCUUGUAAGCAGGACAGCCAGCAAGUACACAGACCGGGCCCUGCGGGCCAGCUAUACCCCAUCUCCAGCACGCUCAAGCCACCUCAAGACCCCAGCUGGUGGGCCUCAGACCCCCACGAGCACACCGGCUCCUGGCUCUGCGGCACGCACCCCCCUCAGUCAGGACCCAGCCUCCAUCACGGACAACCUGCUGCAGCUCCCUGCCCGGCGCAAGGCCUCAGACUUCUUCUAGAGCCAGGCCCGGGUCGGGCCUGUGGGAGCUUCGUGGAGCCUGCGGGGCAGCUGCCCGCUCAGCAGAGGACUCCAGCCUUCUGGGGACCCGGGCCCGGGC